AUGCCCGAAACACAAGACCACUCUCAAUCGCGAGCGGCGCCGGAUGGCUCGUCAGCCUCAUCCCCCUCGACAGCCGUUGCUGCAGACGACCAAUUCCACGAAAAGCCGUUGGACUCUUCGGGGGGCUCAACAGACGGGCCCGCCCACCAGCCGCCCCCGACAAGCGGUAUCGACAGGUCGGACGUGCUCCCUGUUCCCAUCAACACCAUUUCGAGAGACAGCCGAGACCUUGCACGCCAUGAGACGGCCACGAGGUCGUCGAUGCAGCGACAGACCAGCCUGGCACAGACUGUCUCUCGAAUACCCACCGCGACCAAACCCCCCGAGUUCUCCCUCUUGCACGAGAUCCUGUUCGUGAGCAUCAUCUGCCUCGGCCAGCUGUUGACCCAAGCAGCCCUGGCGCAGUCCAUUGCACCGCUGCACAUCAUCGGCCGGACAUUCCACACCACCAAUCCGGGACAACUGUCGUGGCUGCCCGCCGCAUUCUCGUUGACCGUGGGCACAUGGAUCUUACCCGCGGGACGAUGGGGCGAUCUGUACGGACACAAGAAACUGUUUGUGAUCGGCUAUUUCUGGUUCGCGAUCUGGUCGGCCGUCGCCGGGUUCAGUGCCUUCUCCCACUCGUUGGUCUUCUUCGCCUUUUGUCGCGCCAUGCAAGGCAUCGGCCCGGCCUUGCUGCUUCCGAAUGGCAUUGCCGUGCUGAGUCGCACCUAUCCCCCGGGCCCGAGGAAGAAUAUGGCUCUGAGUCUCUUCGGCGCGACCGCCCCAGGCGGGUAUCUCAUGGGAGCCGUGUUCUCCGGCAUUUUCGCCGAGCUGGUCUGGUGGCCAUGGACCUACUGGGUCUGCGGCAUGGUCUCUGCACUGGCUGGCGUCAUGGUCAUCUUCGUGGUGCCUCACAUGCCUGUGGCAGGCAGCAAGCCCGGCUGGAAGGAACUGGACGCCAUGGGCACUUGUCUCGGCGUGGUCGGCUUGAUCUUGUUCAAUUUCGCCUGGAACCAAGGCCCGGCGGCCGGUUGGGACAAGGUGUACGUGUACGUCCUGUUGAUUGUCGGCGUCAUCUUCUUGGUCGUGUUUGCCUGGUACGAAAAGUACAAGGCUGCGUUCCCCCUGGUUCCGGUCUCGGCCUUCACCACUGAUACCAGGUUGGUCUUUGGCUGUGUUGCGUGCGGAUGGGCCUCUUUUGGUAUCUGGGUCUUUUAUCUCUGGCAAUUUUUUGAGGUAUUGCGUGGCCAGAGCAUCUUAACUUCCGCCUCUCAGAUCGUCCCUACCGCUAUUUCCGGCUUCAUUGCAGCCAUCUGCACCGGCUAUCUGAUAGGAAAAAUGCAACCCGGGUUCAUCAUGUUGUUCAGCAUGUUGUCAUUCUUGACCGGCACCAUUUUGCUUGCAACCAUGCCCGUCGGGCAGAUUUAUUGGGCCCAGACUUUUGUCUCCACCAUUGUCACCUGCUGGGGCAUGGAUAUGAGCUUCCCCAGCGCUGUCAUUGUGCUGUCGAACCACAUGCCGCCGGAGCACCAAGGCCUGGCUGCAUCCCUUGUCAACACGGUCAUCAACUAUAGCAUUUCCAUAGGCCUGGGUAUCGCCGGGACGGUGGAAGUUCAUGUCAACGACGGCGGAAAAGACUUGCUGAAGGGCUAUCGAGGAGCAUGGUACUUGGGCAUUGGCCUUGAUUCGAUGGGUGUCCUGCUCGCCAUAUGCCUCAUCUUCUCCUGGAGGGCGAGUAUAAAGGCCAAGGAACGGGCGGACCUGGAGAAGGUGCAGGCUUAA